AUGUUAGAGAGAUGCGGGAGGCAUAUUGAGUUUGAGGAGAAGACCAGACCGUUAGUUGUUUGUUAAAAUCCAAAGCAAGGUUGCUAGGAGAAGAGACCUUUAGUUGUUACUUUGUUCUUCAUCCGAAUCAACCAAACACGCCUAUCCAGAUUUCGUAAUCCCUUCCUUCCUCGUAAAAAUUAAAUACCAACAAAUCCAUCCUCCGCCAUGGAUGCAUUGCCUGCAACUUCAUCUUCCUCCUCCUACCUUCUCACCAACUACCCUCUUAUUUCUGCUCUUUUGGCUUUCGUUAUCGCCCAGUCCACCAAGCUCUUUACCUCCUGGUACAAAGAAAGACGAUGGGAUCUGAAGCAACUUGUUGGAUCUGGUGGAAUGCCAUCAUCUCAUUCUGCGACUGUUGCUGCCCUUGCUAUGUCAGUUGGGUUCCAAGAAGGCUUUGGAGGAUCACUAUUUGCAACUGCACUGAUCUUAGCAUGUGUUGUGAUGUAUGAUGCAACUGGAGUAAGAUUACAGGCUGGACGCCAAGCAGAGGUCCUGAAUCAAAUUGUAUAUGAACUUCCUGCUGAACAUCCUUUGGCUGAGAGCAGACCAUUACACGAACUUCUUGGGCACACCCCUCCUCAGGUAAUUGCAGGUGGGUUGCUUGGCAUUACUACUGCAGUUAUUGGUUAUUUAUUCAUCAUAGCCGUCAGAUGAACUUGGUGCUCGGACAAGACCAACUCUGACAUAUACCUGAUCAUGCCACGGACUGCAGUUACAACUUGCAGAUCAUCCUUGAGCACAGGCACAAGCCGCCUACCGAAACCCCAAAUGCUCAUAUUUUGUUGUCUAUAAAAUUGGUUCCACGGGUUAGUCCACAACUCUAUACAUGUUGGUAGCAUCUCAAAGAUGUAAUUUUAUUGAAUUUGAUUGAUUGCAAGUCCGACCAGUAGUUCAGUACUCUAGCCAUGAAAUGGUAAAAUAUACCUUUACAGUAUGACCUACCUGACUGUUGAAAAAAAAAAAAUGACCUACCUGAUUAAUAUAAAGAAACUUUUGGGAUAUUUAACAAUAA